AUGCCUGCCGAAUCAGCCCAGCUCCCUAUCCUGGACCACUUCGUCAUCCUUGUUUCCCAUGCAGAUCUGCUUGGAAUCUCUCAGCACCUAGACGCCCAAUUUACUCUCGCACCUGGCGGCAAUCACGCAGAUGGACUCACGACAAAUAAAUUGGUUCUUCUCCCAGAUGGAUGUUACCUCGAGUUCAUUGCGUUCUUCGACGAUGUGGAUCCGGAAAGACGUCGCAAACAUCGCUGGGGAAAUGAGAAGGAAGGCACAAUCAUCGACUGGGCUUUCACUUUACCUUCAGAGAGCGACUUUGGUGCCGUGCAGCAACGAUUCCAGACCGCGGAUCUCAGUGCAUCCUAUACGGAUCCAAUUCCUGGGGGCCGUACAAAACCAGAUGGCACUAUCUUGGAAUGGGCAGUAUGCACACCAAGAAAUGCCAACGGCAAUGCAGUAAACCCAGGAACUAUGCCUUUCUGGUGCCUGGACAGAACGCCUCGGGAAAGGCGCGUUCCUUACGAGUUGGAACCGCAUCUGACACAACACCCUAACGGCAUCCAAGGUGUCAGCUCCGUGUCCGUACAAGUCCCGCAUCAGGAGACUUCGAAGUUGAAGAAGGUUUAUGAUGUGAUAUUUGAUGGGCCCUGGAUCUAUAGAGCUCAUUCCGGCUCGACGUCCUCCGAUCAUACAGUUUCCCUCUCUGGCGGAGAAGGAGGCGUUAAGCUAGUUUUCUACGGAUCUAAGCCUGGCAGGGUUGAGCUCUUACCUGGCUUGUUCGUUGAGAUUGAGAUUUCCCCGUCUUAA